CAAAAUGCCCAAGAACCCUAAAAUAUUGUUCUUCCCUUCAUUAGGGUUUAUCGGGAUCAUGCGGGAUGCGCCUUCCUUCCGCGUUUCCGCGAUCUUCAUUUCGGCCGUCGCCGUGCUGAUUCGUCUUCUCACAGGCCUCCAUUCCUAUUCUGGCGCUGGAAAUCCUCCCAAGUAUGGAGAUUACGAAGCGCAGCGGCACUGGAUGGAGCUAACGAUCAACCUGCCCGUCUCGGACUGGUACCGCAACACUACUGACAACGAUCUUGGCUACUGGGGCCUGGAUUAUCCUCCUCUCACGGCCUACCAGAGCUACAUACAUGGAGUUUUCAUGCGAAAGUUUGACGAGCAGUCGGUUGCUUUGCAUUCUUCCAGAGGCUAUGAAUCUCUCCACAGCAAGGUUCUCAUGCGAUGGACUGUGGUGUUAUCGGACCUUGCUAUUUUUUUCCCGGCAGCUAUAGCUUUCGUUGCGGCUUAUUAUCGCCAGAGAAGUCAUGAAGAGCGUGUCUGGGUUCUAGCGCUUAUUCUGUUGCAACCGGCUCUGAUAUUGAUCGAUCACGGACACUUUCAGUAUAACUGCCUGAGCCUGGGAUUGGCGAUUGGUGCCGCGGCAGCAGUCAUCUCAAGGUGGGAGAUAGUAGCGUGUGUUUUAUUUUCAUUGUCGCUUAAUCACAAGCAGAUGAGCAUGUAUUACGCUCCCGCGUUCUUUUCGCAUCUCCUGGGGAUUUCUUUGAGAAAGAAGUACCCGGUGCUGAAUGUUUUGAAGCUUGGAGCUGCCGUUUUAUCGACUUUUGCUCUUUGCUGGUGGCCAUUUUUGCAUUCCAGAGAAGCAGUGUUACAGGUUCUGAGUCGCCUGGUUCCAAUCCAUCGGGGAUUGUUUGAGGACUACGUGAGCAAUUUUUGGUGUGUUUCUAACCUGCUCAUAAAGUGGAAACAGCUGCUCCCAGAUCGAGUGCUUGUUCAGCUUGCGUUCGUGGCCACUUUGGCCUGUAUACUGCCGUCUAUGCUUCAGCAGAUACUCAGGCCAAGCAGGAGAGGCUUCCUCCUGGCGAUGUUCAAUUGCUCGUUUGCCUUCUAUUUCUUCUCUUACCAAGUGCACGAGAAAUCUAUUCUUCUUCCUGUAAUUCCGGGAACGCUUCUCGCUUUAGAUGAGCCACUCGUUUGGAGAUGGCUGAUACCAGGUGCACUCAUGUCCAUGUUCCCUUUGCUCGUUCGAGAUGGUCUCCUGCUCCCAUAUUUCGCGUUGCUGCUGCUCUUCUUCCUCGGUUUUGUUCCACUCAGGAGUUUCAACCCAGUAGCAGCAUCCUCACUGCUUGGUGGCUUCGUUCUUCAUCUCACUUAUCUGCUGCUGGAUCCACCUGCGAGAUACCCAUACCUUUUUGAGGCUUUUAUUGCAGCCUACACAUUCGCAUACUUCGCCGCGAUCUUUCUGUACACAAACUACCGCCAGUGGUCCAGGAAUCGAGUUUUAUCGUCUACACAAAAACGGAAAAAAAAAGUAUGAGUUGACACAGUACUAACUGAAGAUGAGCGCUUCUUAAGCCGUUGUUUCCUUCCGCGUCAAUUUGGUAGGGACGCGUCUUAAUAGCAGUUUCCUUUUCGUCUCCAA